AUGGGUGGAUUCGGUGCAGACCCGAGCCAAGGCGCUAGAUUGAUGCUAAGAUUCGGGCGUUGGUCUCCGUACCGUCUUUCGGAGUCUCCCCCGUUUGUUGCCUCAACUGUCUCUCCUCUUGACUCUGUCUGUUGUCUCUUACAUAUAGUGUUCGGGACAAAGGUUGUUGACUGCACUGGGGAUCCGCAACUUGAUCUCGAAUCACUUUAUCAAUUCCUACUUAACGUCCGAGGGCCCAACAGAGAGACAACCAACAUCCAAUGCGGGCGAGCGGGUCCUCGGGUAGAAGACGAAGAUCUUGGCUCUGUCCUUAGCGUCACCGUUUGCUGCCAACCCUUGUCGCUCUUUUCGCAGAAGAUGCCAUCUCAGAAAACUGAGGAGAGGGUUGUCAUGGAUUUCUGGACCCUGAGAUGGUGGUCUCUGAAGCUCAUAUGUUUCGCAUCCAUAUAUGUAGAUGACAAACCUCGGCUGCGUUUCUUACUGUCAUUUCUAUUCGGCAUCUACAUCUUGGUUCAGCUCGUGGCAACAAUAACAGAUACCAAGCGAGAGGAAAGAAACGAGGACUCGGACAAUAUACCAUCCACUCAAACUUGCGAUCGAUCGCUCUGCAGCACAUCCAAAUCGACCAUCAUGUCGGCCAACGACACCACGACACGGCGGCCUUUCCGCGAGUGUACCGAAGUCUCACAGCUUUGCCCCGUCGAGAUGACAGUCUUGUCCUACUACCCCAACUUCGGCGCCAACAUCUUCUUCGCCGUCGCUUUCGGUUUGAUCGUGCUCGUGUCGGCAACCAUUGGAACAUGGAAGCGCACAUGGACGUUCAUGGCUCUUGUGACGGGCGGCUGUGUCCUCGAGACAGUUGGUAUGGAGUUCCCUUCCUGUCUUGCCAUUCCUCACACACGAACCCAUCAUCCCAACUUACAACUGGAUGAACCAUGCCUCCGCUACGUCGGCCGCACCCUCCUCCACGAGAACCCCUGGAACAAGGACGCUUUCCAGAUGCAAAUCUGCACCAUCAUCCUCGGUCCGACCUUCAUCUGCGCAGGAAUCUAUUUGACCUUAAAACACGUCUCCGCCAACCUCAACCCAUCCCUCUCGCGCGUCCGCCCUCGUCUGUACCCGCUCAUCUUCCUCCCCGCCGACCUCACCUGCCUCAUCAUCCAGGCUAUCGGUGGCGGCUUGGCUGCUGCGGCGGGCCAGACGAAUAAGAAGCUGCUAGACGGGGGCAACCAGGCCAUCAUUGCGGGUAUUGUGCUGCAGGUCGUCGUGUUGAUGCUGUUUGGGAUCACUGGUGCGGACUACUGGAUCCGCGUGAGGAAGUGGGCGCACGGGGCCGAUACCAGCGCCGGCGAUGUCUCGCUGUACCAUGCCAAGAGGUUCAGGUCCUUUAUCUACGCUGUUACGGUGGCGUAUGCUUGUGUUAUGAUUCGUUGCAUUUACCGUGUUGCCGAGAUGGCCGGUGGAUGGGGCAACCAUAUUAUGCAGGACGAGGUUUCCUUCAUGAUCCUCGACGGCGGCCUGGUCUUGAUCUGCGUCACGAUGCUUACAGCCUUCCACCCGGGUUUAUUCUUCCCGCAAAUGGCGAACGCUCGCAAGGCAUCUGUCGGAGAGAAGUCGGAGACGACAACAACAUCAACACCAGAAAAUACCAAGAUCGAGUCUGGGCGCGAGUCCGCAUGA